AUGGACGCUUUCGCCCCAGUUAAAGAUGAGGCCUCUCGUCGCCAUCCUGAGGAUCUAGUGGACUCGGAUAUUGAGAGUGAAAUCGACAGCAACGCAAGCAUCGACUUCGAAAACGACGCUCACGACAACGAAGACUUUGUGAUUCCCGGAACCGGACCUAAAGACAUGCCUCUCUUCAAGCCUUCCUCGAAGCUUUCUGGCUCGCACCAGACCGGUGUGAAAGGUGUCAUUGCCGAUGCGACCUCGUUCGAGACUGCACGCCGCCAGACGCGGAGACAACAGAAGCAGAAGUCGGCAGACUACACCUUUGCCGGCUACAUCUCCCCCUCCGAGAUGGAUGCGCGAACACCCCUCAACCAGGCCAGCGACCCCGAGAGCGGCGACGACGAGGGCUUCAUCCGGUCGUGGCGCAAGCACCGCAUGGCCGAGUUGAGGACCGGAAUCGCUACCCAGAGGAAACAAUCGCCCAGCAAGCGAAAGUACGGACGCGUUGUGACGGUGGAUGCCGUGGGAUACCUGGACGCUAUCGAGAAGGUUUCGCCAGAAACGGUGGUGGUGGUUACCAUCUUCAAUGACGAGUCGGAUGAAUCCAGAUUCGUUGAGGAUUGCCUAAAUACCCUGUGCCGACGCUACCCUACAACCCGGUUCGUGAAGCUGCACCAUGUCGAGGCCGAGAUGGAGGCGUCGGUUGUUCCUGCGGUUUUAGCGUACAAAGCCGGAGAGCUCUUCGCCAACAUUAUCCGCAUCGUCGACGAGAUCCCCCCUGGACGCAACCUCAGCACCGACAGUCUGGAGCUGGUGCUCCGAAGUAUAGUAAGCAAGGACCGACAACAGAUAUAG